CAGCGCCUAACUCGUCGGAAAAAAAAAAGAAAAGGUUCCUUUUUUUAGAAACCAAAAAUUCGCAAAAUAAAUAAACAUCGCAACUCUCCCCUUCAAUUCCCUUUCGUCUCUAAAUCUUUGUUCAUCUUCUUCCUUUUUUUGCUCCAUCCUCUUUCUCUCUCAAUUUUCAUUUCCUCGCCGGCGGUCGUUCGGUCGGCGUCGGCGACGGCGGCGGAGGCGUUGCCGGUCAGUAGGUAGGUGGAAGUUGGGAGCCGAAUUGUUACGGAUACGAUCCUUUCCUUUGCUUUGCCUUUUAUCUCUCUCUUUUUUUUUUUUUUUUUGUGAUUUUUGAUUUUUUGAAUGAGGUGUGAGAGAAAUAAGGAGAGAGAAAUGGGCGAUGGUAAAUGUGAUUAACGUGCAAUGCAGGGAAAAUCAGCGAGGGAAAAAUAUUAGGAGAGAGAAAGGCACAAUCGGUGAAGAAGCGUUGGAGGAGGUUAUUUGCACGGCACAGAUACCUAGAUCUCUUCUUCAAUCUCCUUCCUCCGUCUCCUUCCCCCUUCCUUGCCUUUGCUAACAAUUUAUUCCCCUUUUCUAUUCGUGUUAAAUUCCGAAGGAGAGAAUCAAUCGAUUGAUUGAUUGAUUGAUUAAUUAAUUGCUCAAUCAUUGCGGUGCUGCUGCUGUUGGUGGUGGUGUUGUUGCUGCCGCCGCCGUCUCCAGCUUCGUUUUCGGUUUGAUUUUGUUUGCUGCUUCGGAAAUUUUGAAUUUCCUUCCGCUAUUUUUCGCUGGGAGAAGAUGCAGUAAUAUCGGAGGUUUAUUUAUCUUGUGAGGUCUUCUUGAACAAUUCUUUUCAAAUCGAAACUCGAUUUGCGUUGAGAAGAUCUUCGAAACUUAUUUGAGAUGAUGAACUCUGGGGGCUUUUCUACCUCAUCGUUCUUUUCCGAAGAUGUGUGUUACUCCAACGAGAGACAGGUCGGUGCGAGGAGGAUGGAUCACAUGAAUGGUUAUUUAGGUUUAAAAUCUGACGGAACGUCGCCGCUCGAAACAAGAGUGCCACCCGAUUCGUCAAUGACGAAUACUUUCACUCUCCCCAACAAUUACGUGAUUCCGAAUCAAAACAUUAACAUGUCGUUGGGGAAGCGAAUCGUGGGAGCUGAAAGAUCCGUUAGUCGUUCCUUGCCGAACGCCGACCACGACGUCGGCGCUCGAAAUAGUUCGAAUAGAGACUCCGCGCCGUAUCUUUUCGAAGGUGAUAAAGUGAAUUUCCUCGGCGCCCAGCACGAGAACGGUCUCUUUUCAAGCUCGUUAUCAGAUUUAAUUUCGCGGAACCAGAGAUUAUCGUCGAGUAAUGCUGCAUAUGCUCAUUCUGUUGCGGCUAACGGUACCGUCGAUUCCCGUUAUGUCGAAGAAGAGGAGGCCCUCGAGUCGCUCGAAGAACUCGAGGCUAAAACUAUCGGUAAUCUUCUCCCCGAUGAUGAUGACUUGCUUUCGAGCGUGACCGAUGGGCUUAAUAAAAUCAUCCUACAAAACAACGGAGAAGACGCUGAAGAUCUCGACCUUUUCAGCAGCGUUGGAGGAUUAGAACUCGGAGAAGAUGCAUUCCCUCAGAGGACUAAUCAGCUGACAAGUUCGAACGGCGAACGACCGUCCCGAAUGCUGUUCGUCGGAAAUGUAAGCCACGACGUCGAUGAUUCCGAACUCCAACGGCUAUUCGAGCAAUAUGGGGAUAUUCAGACAAUGUACACAGCGGGCGAGCAGCGGGGUUUCGUCGUGAUCUUGUACUAUGAUGUAAGAUCCGCCUGCAACGCUAUGAACGCGCUACAGAACAAACUGUUGAUGGGUCGGAAACUCGAUGUACACUUCUCGGUUCCUAAGGAGAAUCGACCGGAAAAGGGUGUAAAUCAGAGCACUGUUUUGGUUUUCAACCUCAAUUCUAAAGUUUCAAACGGCGAACUCCGUGAGAUUUUCUCCGCCUACGGUGAAGUCAAGGAGAUUCGCGAUGCGCCGCAGUUACCCCAUCACAAGUUUAUCGAAUUUUACGAUGUUAGAGCGGCGGAAGCCGCACUCCGUGCGAUGAACGCGACCAACAUUGCGGGAAAGAACAUUAAAGUCGAACCUCUCCGACCGGGUCUUCAUCUGCAACAGCGAAGCUCGUCGACUCGAUUUUCAGGAUCAUUGUCGUUGGGCGAAACCCCGCUCGGUUCGGAUAACCGAACGAUGCUCUCCUCGGUGACCACAAACGGAACCCACAUAAAUCCAAUCCUGGAUAUCGUCGUUCGUCCCGCAGCGUUGUCGAGUGCUUCCAACAGCCUACCGUCUCAGGCCCGAGUCGAACCCGUAUCCCGUCCUGGCAUUACCAAACCGACCCACAUUCCGAAUCUCCUGAAAUACGAGCUCCCUGGUAUCCCGAAUCUUCAUCCUCACUCGCUUCCCGAGUAUCACGAUGGCUUAGCCAACGGUCUUCCUUAUGGUUCGGCUAAUAACAUCGCUUCGAACAUCAGUCCCCGACUUUCGCAGAUGAUCGAUACCCAGCAGUUUCGUCGAGUUAACUCCAACGGACUCGCCAUCGAAAUGACCGACGCUUUUUGUUCGCCAGGAAACGGGAGCGGUCCUCCCCGACGUCACUACAUGUGGAGCAAUUCGCCACAGCCGCAGCAGCCUCAGGCAGUUAUGUGGCCCAAUUCGCCGUCGUUCGUCAACGGAAUCGGCGCGAUUCCUAGAGCCCCGUCGCAUAUGCUAAAUGGGAUUGUGCCGCUAAACGACCAUCAAGUAGGGUCUGCGCCAUCCGUCAACCAAUCUAUUUGGGACCGACGGCACGCUACAUACGCCGCGGACUCGCCCGAUGCCUCGGCGGUAUUCCACCCGGGUUCGCUCGGGAACAUGAACUUGAGGCUUUCGAGUAAUUUGCCGCCACACCCGAUCGAGUUCGUCCCUCACAACAUGUACCCGUGCACCGGCGGAAGCUAUUCCGACAUGCCGGUCCCGUCGAAGAACAUUGCAAUGCACCCCCAUAACCCAAGGCCCGUGAUUUUCCCGACGACGGCAGCGGCAGCGGCGGCGGCGGCAGCGGCGAGAGGACAAAUGCAUCAUCCUAUGAUGGGUUCUUUGGAUUCUCCUAACGAACGGACUCGUAAUCGCAGGAACGAAAGCAGCUCGGCCCAAGGCGAGAACAAGAAACAGUUCGAGCUCGACGUCGAGCGUAUCGUUCGUGGAGAAGACAAGCGGACGACUCUUAUGAUCAAGAACAUCCCGAACAAGUAUACCUCGAAGAUGCUUUUGGCUGCAAUCGACGAGCGCCAUAAGGGGACUUACGACUUCAUUUAUUUACCCAUCGAUUUUAAGAAUAAGUGCAACGUCGGAUACGCUUUCAUAAACAUGAUCGAUCCGUCCCUAAUCGUUUCAUUCUAUGAGACGUUCAACGGGAAGAAAUGGGAGAAAUUCAACAGCGAGAAAGUAGCGUCGUUGGCGUACGCUCGAAUACAAGGCCGGGCUGCGCUCAUCGCUCACUUCCAAAACUCGAGCCUGAUGAACGAGGACAAGCGAUGCCGGCCAAUACUCUUCCAUACUGACGGCCCGAAUGCCGGAGAUCAGGUUCCUUUCCCGAUGGGCACUCACAUUCGACCCCGACCCGGAAAAAUCCGAGCCAACACCUCCGAGGAGAACCACAACAACAUUGCCCCGCAAAACGCUCUAACCGGGGAGGAUUAUUCGAACGGAGAUUCGUCGUCGAGUUCAGGCAAAGAUUCAGACUGAGUUUGAUGCCUUCUUUUUGGUGAUCUCUACUAACUUAUUAGGGAGAAGAAAAAAAAAACGUAAAAAAGAUUGAUCGAACUAAACGAACGGCCUAGUAAAUUGCCCGGAAAAAUUUUGCGAUUUGUAAUUAUGGUCUCGUAAGUUUAUGGUGAACGGAAGAUCGAAAGGAUGCUAAUUUCAUGCGAAUUUUUACUGACAUUGAGAAAUUUUUGCAUGACGGGAGAUCGAGGAUGUGUAGAGUUUUCGGGUUAUGGCGAAAAUUGGCUGUACGGAAACGAUAUACUGCUUGAUAUAUUUCCCGUGUA